UACAAAACUACCAUCUCAAGAGGAAUGCGAGAACUGGACAGCAUUUCAAGUUGCAGAUCUCCUAAGACAGUUUGGAAUGUCUGAAUCUGCUGCGGUUGUGGAAAAACUGGGCAUGAAUGGAUCUCAGUUCUUGAAUAUAUCAGAGUAUGAGCUGAACCGAUUCAAAAUAAUGCAUCAGCCGAAGCUUCAAAAGAUGGUGCAUGACAUCAAGAAAAAUGAAACUGGGAUAAUAAACAAGUUCAAAAAGUUCCAAAAUGAACAAGUGGCCUUAAUUUGCAAAACUGGGAAAGAUACUUGGGAUCGGCUAAAAAAAAAAGCACCACCAAGUGUACCACAAAGGGAUUAUGCUUCAGAACAUGCAGACAAUGAAGAGGAACAAUGGUCAGAUGAUUUUGACAGUGAUUAUGAAAAUCCAGAUGACCACUCUGACUCUGAGAUGUACGUGGUCCCCAGUGAAGAGAACGCUGACGACAGCUAUGAACCGCCUCCAAGUGAGCAGGAGAAAAAGAAGAUUCCCUCAGCAUUCCCUAUCUCUAGGGGUGAAUACGCAGACAAUCGGACUAGUCACCAGCAGCCUCCUCCCAUCAGCAAACCUCUCCCAACCAUGCCCAGUUCAGCCUUGUCCAGACCAAAGAAACCAUCCAAGCCAUCUCUGCCACUGCCAUCUACUGCUCCAAAGCCAAAAAUACCACCAAAGCCUAAGGAGUGCAGUGAUGAUGAGGACAAUUACAUCGUGCCAGUGGACAAUGACGACGAUAACUAUAUCGAACCCACAGAAAGCAGCUCGUCGGUACCUACAAGACCUCCUGUGAACAGAUUUAUGAAACCAACGACAAAGUCAGCCUUCCCUACUUCUGCAAAGCCUUCUCUUACUUCUGACACACAAGAAAUCUAUGAGGUUCCUGAAGAGGAGGAAAAAUCAUCACCACCACCAGUAACCAGAAAUAUUGUGCCUCUUCCCAGAAAUCGUCUUCAUCCAAAAGCAGACCAUGAAGCAAACAAUAAUGAGGAAAAUCAUAGCUUCAAUAGCGCUCAGGAAUCCAGAUUUCCCACUGGAGCAGCUCCUUCUCCAUUACCUAGGGUCAUAAAGAAGACUUCUAAUGCAGUAAAUCCAGCAAAACCAAGUUUACCAUCCAGAGAGACCUUAACUGUAAAUGAAGAGAAACCGACAGCAGCAGAGCGACGGCGAGGUUCUAGCCAAGAGCUUCCGCUUCCAUCCCUUCCAAGUGGUGCCCAAAAGUCUUUGCUCCAAAAGCCCUCAACUCUGCCAAAAGUGCCAGAAGCUGCAAACCGUUCUUUGAGUGCUUCCCCUCGCAGCAGUUUUUCAUCCAUUUCAAGUACUGCAGACCAGGAUGCUGGUGUUCAUAGUAAAGCAUGGUAUGCUGCUACCUGUGAUCGUAAAACAGCAGAAGACGCAUUGUAUCGAUCAAAUAAGGAUGGAUCUUUCCUAAUUAGAAAGAGUUCUGGACAGGAUUCAAGGCAACCAUACACACUGGUUGUGUUUUAUAACAGAAGAGUAUACAACAUCCCCAUACGAUUUAUUGAAUCAACACGACAAUAUGCACUGGGCAGAGAAAAAAAUGGUGAAGAGCGCUUUGACAGUGUUGCUGAAAUAGUAGAGAAUCAUCAGCGCACAUCCUUGGUUCUAAUUGACAGCCAAAACAACACAAAAGACUCAACGAAACUGAAACAUAUUGUAAGAGUUUCAUAAUCAAACUGAACUGCUGAGAUCAAGACUUUCUUAAUCACUUCCUGCAGCAUCCCAAAAUUUGUGGAUCAGGUAUUAAAGAAGAUCAUCCAGAAUGAUGGAGAAUAUUCUUUAAGAACAUCCACUGAAUAGUAAGAGAUGCAGUUCAUAAAGUUCAACCCCAUGUCAUUUUAUCCGAAAAGCAUACAUAUUUAACAGAAGAAGCCAAAGCAGAGACAGUCUUAUCUGUGGUUUGCAUCUAUGACAACACGGAUAUUCAAAGUCAUGUCAACAACUGCAUACCGCAGCCUCGUUCUCUGACUGCUAUUUAAAGAUAGAUUUCCUGUAGGACAUUCCCACUUUAAAAGUGAGAAUACCCUAAGUGACCUGCUCGUGCCACUUGCUAAAUUUACCACACACCACGGCUUUCAGAGAUUUCCAUGUAAAGUGCACAGCUCCAGAAGUUACAGCAACUAAACCUAAGGUACCACUGUGUACAAGCUGAAAGUAGAACUAUACUUCAUGUGAUCACUGGCAAUAAAGCUGCCUGAAUUUCUGAGAUUAAUGAA